AUGCCUGUGCCAGUCGGAUCCAUGCCCCAGGGCGCCCAUGGCCCCUCCACGCUUGACAAGCUCAAGAUGGGUGGCAUGAUGGGCGGAUCCGUUGGUCUAAUCAUUGGCUUCAUUUUUGGAUUCACCAACAUUGUUCGAUUCGGCCCAGGACCAAAUGGAAUGCUUAGAACACUCGGCCAAUACAUGAUGGGCUCAGCUGCGACCUUUGGCUUCUUCAUGGCCAUUGGCACCACCAUCCGCACAGAAAGUUCCCCAAUUGCUACACAGGCCUUUAACAGCGCCAACCGCAGACCUAUGAUCCUCCCCAGGAGCUUCCAAUACCCACGCGCCGCUGGCAAUGAGAAGAACUAG